AAGAGGGCUAUUUAUUCACUAUACUGAAUAGAGGAGCUACAGAAACAAUGGCUUCAAAGGUCUCAUGUUUAUAUGUUCUGACAGUAGUUUGUUGGGCAAGUGCUCUUUGGUAUUUAAGUAUAACUCGUCCUACUUCUUCCUACACUGGCCACAGACACUUCAAUACCAUAUCGAUAGCCAGGAAAAAUGUCUCCUUUGGUAAUAUAAGAACUCGACCUAUAAAUCCACAUUCAUUUGAUUUCCUUAUAAAUGAGCCUAAUAAGUGUGAGAAGAGCAUCCCUUUCCUAGUCAUUUUGAUCAGCACGACUCACAAAGAAUUUGAUGCAAGACAAGCAAUUCGAGAGACUUGGGGAGACGAAAACAACUUUAAAGGCAUUAAAAUUGCCACUCUCUUCCUUCUUGGGAAGAAUGCAGAUCCUGUAUUAAAUCAGAUGGUAGAGCAAGAAAGUCAAAUUUUUCACGACAUUAUUGUUGAGGACUUCAUUGACUCUUAUCAUAACCUUACUCUUAAAACGUUAAUGGGUAUGAGGUGGGUGGCCACAUUUUGUCCAAAAGCAAAGUAUGUUAUGAAGACAGACAGUGAUAUUUUUGUAAAUAUGGAUAACCUUAUUUAUAAACUGCUCAAACCCAACACCAAGCCAAGGAGAAGGUACUUUACUGGUUAUGUCAUCAAUGGAGGACCAAUAAGGGAUGUCCGCAGUAAAUGGUACAUGCCCAGAGAUUUGUAUCCUGACAGCAAUUAUCCACCAUUCUGUUCAGGCACUGGCUACAUUUUUUCAGCUGAUGUAGCAGAACUGAUUUACAAAACCUCCCUCCAUACCAGACUUCUUCAUCUGGAAGAUGUGUACGUGGGACUCUGUCUUCGGAAGCUUGGCAUUCACCCUUUCCAAAACAGUGGCUUCAAUCACUGGAAGAUGGCCUACAGUUUGUGUAGAUAUCGCAGAGUGAUCACAGUGCAUCAAAUAACUCCAGAAGAAAUGCACAGAAUCUGGAAUGACAUGUCAAGCAAGAAGCAUCUCAGAUGUUAAGAUUUUUACAGAUGUAAAUACUUUUUUUUCUUAUUUGGGCAGAAAGGAAUCGGAUAAUUUAUAGGCAAAUUAACUUGGAGGAGGGUUUUAAUAACUGAUUUUGCAUUCUUGUCUUGACUCCUGGUUUGCACCCUUCAGACUCUAUUCAUAAAGACAUUACGCAACUUAUAGGGGCCAGCGUCAAAUCUCAGAGUCAUUGCUCCCUAUAACAACAUUAAAAAAAAUAAGCUCUUGCACCUGUAGGUAUGAGAACAGUAGUAGCUAACCAGAGCUGCAUAACAAUUCAUGCCCAUGCAUCUGAGAUGAGAGUCUGGCCCUAAAAAAUGAAGAAUCAUGUUAACAUCUUUAUCUCAUCCUCACAAGCUAUAAGUGUCUUUUUUUAGGGCUCUAUUCAUAAAUAUACACACAAAUAUAAAAAAUAUACUAAGUGUGUGUAUUUACAGCUUGAGUGCUAUCUUUGCACUGAUUUUAUACACCUGUAUUGGCAUGUACAUUUUACUGUACAUAUGUGCAGUUUAAAAAUCAGUUUAUUACUGGCAGAAAGGCAGAAUUUAAACAAGUGUGAAUAUAACAUUGAAAAUCAAAAUACUGUAGGUCUUAGAAACAACACAACCUGCCCAAAGAUAAAAUACAUGCCCCCAAAAGGUGGCAUUUAUGUGGAUUAUAUAAUAAAACCACAUAACUCCCCCUGACUAAAAGAGCCCUAUCUAAUAUAAUCUUACAAUGAAAUAUAAUUUGUGUGUGAAAUACAAGACAAAGAAAAUGUGUGCAACAAAAACUAAAAAUCAAAUCAAAUGUGUAUUCAGGAUAAAGGUACUUAAAAUACUUUAACAUUUUCUUUUUAAAACAAGUGCAGCAUAUCUCCUUAGUUCUACUUAGGACUCGUAGAGAUAUAUACGCACUAACAGCAAUACUAUUUUGGUACAGUAUUAUUGGACUAGACAGUAUUAUCACCAAUAGAAUUUUCAUAAAUUAUAGUGUCUGCCAUAGCAAAUAUGUAAUUUUAUUGAAUAAUGGAAAAUAUCAAUAAAACAAUCCUUUCCUACUGUCUUACUGACUAGAAGCAAGUUUACCAUCUCCACAUCACUCAGUAUAUCAUUAAAAUUAAACACAACAUAUGGUACUUAAAGCAUUUUGCUUUCUUAGAGCUAAAUUCUGCUUUUUACCGCAGUGCACCCAUUACAGAAAAUGUAAUUACUCAAGAUUUAUACCAGUGUAGCAGAGGAGAAUUUGGACAACACAAAAAAUACUCAGUCAAUUCUUUCUUGGGCAACAGAAGGAAAGUAUAAUAGCAGUUAUGUGGAUCUCUCAAGGGGAGAAUAGAUCCUCACAGCAAAAUCAAGAAUAUUUAGAAGCAACAUGUACAUAAGCCAAAUUCUAGUCUUUGUUUCAUAUGUUGAGCUACCAGUGAAGUCAUUAUUAAACCAAGAAGUCACUGAGGCCCAAUUCAGGAAAGCAUCUCAACUCAGGACAGCC